GGUUCGUCUAAAUUUAGCUGGUGGGGCGAGGUGUCUCGAGCCUUAUUAGAGACCUUAGCUUGCCUGGUGGCUUCACAGAUCCAGAGGGCCUGAUCGAGCCUCCUGUGUAUAAAAGCUGGAGGAAAGUUUGUGGUGACUGAAGGCCGCCGGGUACUGGUCAGGAGUGUUUGCGUCCUGAAGCAGACUUGGAAUCCUGGUUUAUGCCCCUUCACUGCCUGUGUGACCUGGAAAGUGCCUUAACCUUUGUGAACUGCAUUUUGAAAAUGGGGAUGAGCAACAAUAACUACCUCAUGGACUGCUUGAAGGACUAAAUGAAACCAUAUUAUAUACAUUGAAGCGUGGGAGAAGAUAUUUAUAAAUUUCUGUGUCAAAAUUAAAGAUCUGCUAUGGCAGUGAAGAAAGAGAUUGAAUUUGUCAUUUUCACCUAAAGAAAAAUGAUAGACAAAAAUCAAACCUGUGCUUCAGGACAGGAUUCUAUACCCUAUAUGACCUGUCUGAUUCAUAUACUCGAAGAAUGGUUUGGUGUGGAGCAAUUGGAGGACUAUUUGAAUUUUGCAAACUAUCUCUUGUGGGUUUUUACACCACUAAUUCUUUUAAUACUUCCUUAUUUUACUAUCUUUCUUCUCUACCUUACUAUUAUUUUCUUACACAUUUAUAAGAGGAAAAACGUACUAAAAGAAGCUUAUUCUCAUAAUUUAUGGGAUGGUGCAAGGAAAACAGUGGCAACUCUGUGGGAUGGACAUGCAGCAGUUUGGCAUGGUUAUGAAGUUCAUGGGAUGGAAAAAAUACCAAAAGAAGGACCAGCACUUAUAAUUUUUUAUCAUGGAGCUAUUCCCAUAGAUUUUUACUACUUCAUGGCUAAAAUUUUUAUCCACAAAGGCAGAACUUGCCGAGUAGUAGCUGAUCACUUUGUCUUUAAAAUUCCAGGGUUUAGUUUAUUACUCGAUGUAUUUUGUGCUCUACAUGGACCAAGAGAAAAAUGUGUUGAAAUUCUGAAGAGUGGUCACUUGUUAGCUAUUUCACCAGGUGGAGUUCGUGAAGCUCUGCUUAGUGAUGAAACCUACAACAUCAUAUGGGGUAAUCGAAAAGGCUUCGCUCAGGUUGCAAUUGAUGCAAAAGUGCCCAUCAUUCCUAUGUUUACACAAAAUAUUCGAGAAGGAUUUAGAUCACUUGGAGGAACAAGGUUAUUUAGGUGGCUUUAUGAAAAAUUUCGCUAUCCAUUUGCUCCAAUGUAUGGUGGUUUUCCAGUGAAGUUACGGACCUAUUUAGGUGAUCCCAUUCCCUAUGAUCCAAAGAUAACAGCAGAAGAAUUAGCUGAAAAGACGAAGAAUGCUGUUCAAGCUUUGAUUGAUAAGCACCAAAGAAUUCCAGGAAACAUUAUGAGUGCUUUGUUAGAACGUUUUCAUAAAAAACGAAAGAUCAACUAGAACUUCAUUUAAUAUAUCUAUAAUAUGUUUGUGUCUGUGGUACUGUCUUCUAAAUUUUAUAGAUCCUGUAAUUAGUAUUUUUAAAAAAUCAUGUUGAUAAGCAUCUUUCUCAGAACUUGUGUAUUUAAAUUGUCAAUUUUUUUGCAAUCAGUUGUGUCAAAUUUAAUUAGUAACUUGUUACAUGCCUAAUCAGAAAAUGAUUGUAUUUCAUUUGUAACUUCUUAAUAAUUUAUGAUAAAUGUAUAUGUUCUUGAAGUUAAGUUUUUAAUAACAAGUUUAGGAAAAGCAAACAUUCCUGAAUAAUGAAUCUUAUUUCUUUAUCUGUCGUACUGAGGUAAUUUAAAGAGAGGAUGUAUGCUAUAGAUUUUUGUACAGUUGCUUACUUUAGGGGGGGAAAAAGUUUUAAAAUCUGCCCCUUGUUUCUUUCAUGACUUUGGGCAAGCCAUGUAAUGUUUUUGUGCCUCAAUAAUUUACUUUUUAAAACAUGGAAAUGCUAUGGUAAGGAACAUUAUUUUCUUUAUAAUUGAUAACUAUUGAACUGAAAUUAUAACCAAAUUAAUUAAUCAGUACCAAAAUCCUUUAGGAAUUAUAUCUUAUCCAUGAGAUAUUUAAAUUAUUUCUUUAGGUAUGAUGUCCAGUUGCCAAGCACAAUGAGAGAGAUGUACUGUUUUUCAAAUUGAGUAAGAAAGAAAUUAGGAAAAGUAUGAUUUCUAAUUAUUACUUUUAGUAUUAUAUUUUUUAAAAGAUCCUGUAAAUAUACAAUAUAGGGUGCACUGUCAGCCCUCUAACAUGACAUUUAAUAAUGCAAGGAUGAAAAUCAUUGUUGUGCUCUACAUUUUGUUUUAGAAACUGAUCCUAGGCUGAGGAAAAUGGAAAUAAAAUUCUGCUUUGACUCAA